CCCACUCCUCAGUGUUGGAGAACACGGGUCUCAGAGGGGGACUGUGCUCCUCCUCUGCCCUCGAUAGGUCACGAUAACCGCUCACCUGUCCCGAUGAUGGGCUGCGCCUCCCGACCUUUUCUUGUAUCGCCGUCGUAUCUAUGGUGACAGGUAGCUUCUUGCCCGGACCCAACAUGGCCGCCGUUACCUCACUUCCCGUAACGUCGCACGCACACCAGCACUUCCUGUGGCAAUGAGGGCAUGCGCAGUGCGCAGAAUGAGGCCGGCUGAGGUUAGGGAACGGCAGUCACCUCCUGCCUGUACGAUCAAUGAAGAGACGGAGAGGUAUCACAUUGAAUGCGUAACUUCCUGGAACAGCAGGUCAAGCCCCUCGUUUCUAUGGUGACCGGGAGCUUCCGUCGUGUCCUGCACAUGCGCAGUGUGGAGCGUGAAGGUGCUGCUGCUGCCUCUUCGCUGGCGAUCUGCCUGCAGUCUGGUACCAGGUUCUGUCUCUCACAGUUGAAGUGUACCUACGAUGGAAAUUACAGACCUCUCAUCUUUUUAGUGGGUCAACUUGCACAAUCGGUGGUUGUCCAAAGACUUUUUUGCCCCACUGUACAUAGCACUGAGAUAUAGACCAGAGUGUGCUAGAAGCACCAGAGCAGAGAGACACCCCAGGCAGGAAAGAGGAACUGCACAGAAUGCCAUCAUGCAUUGUGAAGGGCUGUUCCUAUUCAUGGAAGAAAAAAGAUCCAAAUAUAAUUCUUCACUCCUUCCCCAACGACAUCGCAAUCAUCAAAUCUUGGUUGCUACAAACGAAACAAGAUUUUGGCAACAUAGAUGACUUUUGUGAGAAAGUCCUGAUAGGAAAGAAAACCGACGCGUUUCGCAUGUGCUCUCAGCAUUUCGCAAUGGAUUGUUAUUACCAACGAGGCAUGAUAACCUCUUUAAAAAAGGAUGCUUUGCCUACAAUAUUUCCCGAAAAAGCCAAUGGAGGAUCUGGAACCUUUAAAACAAAAAGUGGAAAACCACCCGCAAAAAAAGUUUGUCUUUCUGCUCCAUCCACACAGACAUGGGGAGAUGUAGACAGUAGCCAUACCCCCACAUCCAUAGUAAUGGGUCUCCCACUGAGAAUCGUUAAAAUAGAACCAGAUUUCAUAGAACCUUCCACCAGCUCAAGUAUUUUCCCUCAAGAGAAACCCUUUUCUCUAUCUAUGGAAACCUCUAUAGAAAAAAAGAAAAUGUUGGAACAGGUCCAUUUCUCGCAAAAAGCUUCAAGAAAGAGCUUUGGCGUUGGAAAUACUUUUACCAUACAAAGAGAAGGCAGAACAGUUGGAACCAACACAGAGUACUUCCCAGGACAGAGACACAAGUCCACCCGUACAGACCCAAAUAUCGGUGUAAGACAUAGAGAAGUACAAACCGAAAAACCAAAAGGUAUCCAGUGCCUAUGUGGUCUGCCAGAUUUACCGUCUAUACAAGAAGCGUCAAACUCGCACACAACAUCAGAAUAUGAAAUAGUAUCUACACCAUGGGCAAAGAUAUCUUCGACUGAGCCAAUACAAACUCCUGCAAUGUGCAAAAUCAUCAUGGUGCCUCAGUGCCGACUGUCGGAACUCAGACGAACAGCUCUAACUUCCUUGUUGGAUGUCCAAGGUUUCCUAGAAAACUCAGUUUCCAGAAGUCUGCUAGAGGAGAUACCCACAGCCACUCAUGACUCUCGUGCUGUGGAGAAAACUUUUCCGGUCUGUGAAAUAGAACCAGGAUUGCCUCCAGUUCCUGUACACAAUGGUUCUGAAUUGGUUUCUCUCCAUGGACCACUGGUUUCUGAUAAAGAAGGUGGUCCUAGUGAAAAGCAAGAAAGGAAGAUCAUCUACUCACCAGCAAAGCAAGAAGGAGCCAAAAACGAAAAGGUGGAUCCCGAGGGCAUGAAUUUUACUGGAACAGAGAUUCCAGAAGCAACUGGUCCUCCGGAUCCCUUUUCCGAGAACAAAUAUAUUGUUUUUGAUAGCUGCUUGAACAAACUACUUUGGUCUUGCCGAUGUUUGGCAGAGGACGAUUGUAAUGGACGCGUGAUCGGUUUUAAAAAGUUUUUCAUAGGAUCAAGUGUGUCAGUAAAUGCCAAGUGCUCGAAAGGACAUACAUUUCAUAUGUGGGAUAGUCACCCUUAAAGAGGUUUACCACCUUUUUUUUACUUAUUAUUGGCUUUUUGUGUGACGCUGUGUACUUAGAUGUAGGCAACGUGGGGCCUGAUUAAGAGGUGGACGCAUUUAGCACCGCCACUGCGCCUGUGCUAAAAUAUGCAAAUGUUUGUAGACGCCCACGGCCAGCUUCUGUGACCCGCUUUCUGCAGAUCACUCUGUGAGCAUUGGACAUCCGAAUAACCCUCAGUUGCUGCCCCCAAACGCUAAUAGCAUGUCAAUCAUGUUGAAGGUUUUGGGGCACUGCAAGCGCCAUUGCAGAUCUAAAAGCAUUGCAGACAGGUUUACAUACAUCUCUUUAUUAGGCCCAUGGUCAUAUAUACUAUACAUACCUUACAAUUAGCAUAAAGGCGAUCACUAUCUGUCCUCUUGUACCAACUCUAUUAGUGUUUGAUUGUCUUUAUUUCCAUAUUGUGUAUUGCGGCAGUUACACCGGAGCAUCGGAAUGCAGGCAUCCAGCCUAUUAAGUAUCGGAAUUUGUAGCUUUGCUGCAGUUUCCCAUUAUGCUGAUAGUUGGGCGGCUGUACUCUAUAGUUGCUGUGCGGCUGCACAAGAAGAAACAAGUUGGCUGGUCGAUGGAGAUCGGCUUCCAUAUACCCUAAUUGCGUGGAACUAGAGGAAAGUAGACCCCCCCCCCCCCCCCCCCCAUUAGAGUUGCCAAUUAAGCAAUACAACGGGCAGCAAAAGAUAUCCCUUCCUGACCCCACAAAUGUCAUAAAUAAGGUCCGUGGAUUAAUCACCCACCACCCCCAUGAUGUCUUCUGACAAUUAUCACUAAAUAUAAAAUUUCAAUGAUUAAAACUACGUUAGUGAAUUUGUCGUCACCAUCUAUUAACAUAGGACACCCUCCUAGUAUUCCUUUAAUUCACCACUGAUGAACCAUUCUCCUCUAUGUGGCAUGAAAAAAAGACUGUUAAUGCAGGAACAUUAUUAACAUUUGUUUAUAAGGAGCCACAAUUUCCGCAGCACCAUACAUAGUAAAGGUAUAAAACAGGGUAAACAAGGCAACAAAGUAACAUGAUUGCAUAAAUACAGGUACAGCUGUAGGGUAUAGGCUGUGUUACUGGGCCUAGGGGUAGAGAGGGACCUGCUCACAAGAGCUUACAUUCUAAAACAGGCAUUGCCAACCUCGGUCUUUAAGGCUCGCCAACAGUAUAGACUGUAGUGUUAUGCAGGACUCAGCACACAUGGUUAUAUCAAAAUAACUGAGGUUCUAAUUAAGUCACCUGUGCUCAAGCCUGGAUAUCACUAAAACCUGGAUUACUAGUGUGCCUUGAGGACCGAGGUUAGGAAUGACUGUUCUAAAAGGUGGGGAGAGAAGUGUUGGUAAAGGGGGAGAAACAGCAGGUUAAGGAUAGUUGAGGAAAGACUGAAUAUCUGGCUGUGGUGAAUAAGUGGGAUUUGAGGGAGAACUUGAAGCAGUGGAUGUUGGGGGGGAUAGAGUCUUACAGAACAAGGGAGUAUAGGAGUGUAGCUGAACAGAAAUCAUAAAACAGUCAAAAUAAGGAAAAUAAUGGGAGACAAAAACAUUCGAUAAGAGUAGAUACCACAGACAGCUUGUACAACAGACAGCAAAGUUGAUGGAAGAUUAAACAGGCCAAAUGUACAGA